UGGAUGAACAUAACUAUAAGUUGUCCAUUGAAGCUCUACAAUUUGAGAAAUUAAAGGCAUUUACUAAGGAGAUGCAAGAUGAUAUUGCAUUUUAUAUGAAAAAUAAUCUCAAAAAAGCACUUCGUGAAAAAUUGGGUAAUUCAUUUGCAGAUUUUUAUUUUGCAUUUUGGAAAUGCCGAAAUGCUGAAACUCUUGAUACUUUCAAUUAUUACUGGAGAGAGAUGGCAUGUGAGUUUACGACGAUGCUAUUUACGCUUGGAAUUGAGUCAACAUCAUUCGUAGAAAGCCAGAAUGCUUGUAUAAAACAUGUUCUUGAAAACAAUAACACCUCUCUUUGUGAACUUGGUAAAGUUAUAAUGAAUCAUGUUGAAGAAUGGCUGAAACAAAAACAAUAUGAAGCUUGA